AUGCAGUUCUUCAUCUCUCUUCUUGUACUUGUCUCCAUUGUCGCAGCCGACGGCACAGUCCAGAAACCCGAGAUACCCUCAGCUCCCGCCAUCGAGCUAGAGCCCCGUGAUUUGAUCGACGAGAUAAGCAGUUUCACUUCAGCCAUCGCGGCAGCGCCCAGCUAUCUCGAGUCAUCCGUCAUUAGAGAAUUCAGUAGCCGGUUCGCAAACCUCACGGCUUCGGCAGCCUCUGCCACGUCCUCACUGGGCCUCCAGCUCUCGACCGCCGACGCCGCCGCUUCUACGUCCAUCCAGUCCCAGCUCAGCCAGGUCGCAGCCAAUGUCAGCAGCGCCUCUGCUGCGCUGCAGGCCGCUCAAUCGGCUGUCAACUCGACGUCUGCAUCUUCGUCCGCUACAAGCAGCAGCACUGGAGGUGUCGGUUGUGCGCCGACCGCUGCGUGA